CACUCCUUCUUGCUUCUGCUCCAUUGAACCUGCAAAAAACCCUCGUUGCUUAUCCAAACAAGAUAAUCGACACUACACAUAUAAGGGCAUACGUUUAAUACGAAAAUGGUGUUCGUAAUGUGGCACAUCAAACCAAAACACGAAGUUGUUGAUGUAUCAACUGUAUAUGUUGGUGCACCCACAUGGUUUAGUAAUAAGCUUCAUCACGGUGGGAAAUUUACUAAGUUACCCGAUAUAAAGUACAUUAGAGGUGAAGUGCAUUAUGUUGAUUAUGUGGACAUUGAUGAGUUUUCUAUGCAUGAACUUGAUGCCAUAAUGCUUGACCUAGGUUACCCAGACCCACGGAAUUCUGAAUUCACUGAUGAAUCCCCAGUUAUAUACUACCAUUUUAGGAUACCCAAUGAGCAUGGAAAGACAAAUUUACUGACUUACUUCAUGUCACCAAAUGCAAAGGGUAAAGUUGUCAUUGAGGAAUUACCAGAAAAUGAUGAUCAAGGGGCUGAAGUUGAGGGUCAAGUUCAUGCAGAUUCUCCAAUGAAAAAUGUGAACCAUGGUAAUGGUGAGCCUAUUGGUGAGUUCAUGUCUCUGAUUCUUUUUGGGAGUAAGAAUGAUAGUUUCUCACCAAAGUGUAGAAGGGGUAGGGUUGGGAAUUCCAAUAUAGGUGAAAGUUCUUGUAGCAAGAGGCUUAAUUUAGAUUAUAUUGAUGAGGGUGUUCACAUUUCAAAGGAAAAGAAUGAUGAUCAGGAUGGUUCAACUGAUGUUCAAGAGGCACCAACUUGUGUUCUUAUUGAUGAGAUGGAUGGUGUUAGGGAGGUUGCAACUAUUGUUCAACAGGCAUCAACUGUUGAUGAAGGAUGCUACAACACCCCCUGUUAA